UCACACCAAACUCUCCCCAUUUUAGAGAGAGAAACAAAACAAAACCCCUCAACAAUUUUCCCUCUCUAACCAUAGGGCUUUCUGCUGCCCAAUCCAAUUCUCCAUUUUCUCAAUUCAGCUUCGAUUUUGUUAUUUUUGGGGAUUUUUUUCUUCCUUCUGAGAUCGGGGGAUGGAGUAUGUGGGCAGACAGGUGAAGAAGAAGUUCAAAGGGCACGGCACGUUUUUGGGUUUGGUAAAGGCGUACGACGCGGAGACUGGUUUUUUGAAGAUCGUGUACGACGACGGAGAUUCCGAGGAAUUGGAAUUGACUGAAGUCUCUUCGCUGUUGAUGCCCGCUGAGCCUCCGCCGCCGCAGCCGUCGGGAUCGAGACCGGGGCGAAAGCCGAAGAAGCGACGCCGCAUUGGCGUUUCAGGUAACGAUGUUGAGAAUUCAGCUGAUGGGGCGAUUUCUGACGGUUUGGAAGGUAGAGAUGGGGAGUCUGGGGAGUUUGACUUGAAUUUGACUGAGAGAAUAGAUUUGAAUGAUGAUGGGGUUGAUUGUUUGUGUGAUGCUGGUCAUGCGAAUGGUGGAGGGAGCAAGCUGCAUGGCUUAGAUUUGAAUGAGUUGGUGAAUCUAGAGCUGAAUAAGGAAAUUGUUGAAGAUGGCUCCCAAGAGAGAAAGAAAAUGAUUGACUUGAAUCUGGAUGUAAAUGAGGGUUUUGAGAAAUUGAGUGACGAGAGAGAAGGGCGAUGCUUUGACUUGAAUUUACAGCUAAUGGAGGAUGAGGUGAGGAUUUUGGAAGGCUGUGAUGCGAGAAUUGGAGAAGGAGACAACAGUUGUUCUAGAGAAAAUGAGAAAAUGGAGGAAGGGUUGAUGGUGGAGAAUGAUGCAGUUGAAGUGUUAGAGAAUGUAAAUGGAGAUAAGGUGGAUCAUGCAGUUCACAUAGAGAAGGAAGAAGAUAGCCAAUUGAAGAACCAUGCCAGUGUGGUUGAUAAUAAGAAUGUGGCUCCAUUAAAUGUGCAAGUCAAGAGAAGGGGUAGAAAGAAAAAAAAUGUAGCAAAUAACGUUACUGAAUUGGCCACAAAAUUGGAUACUGAAACAGGGAAUGUGAACUUAGAGUUGGAAAGAAGAGAUGAAACCCCAUUGAAAAAUGUUAGUGGUUUAGCCAACCAUGAUAAUGGAGUCUCUGAAACAGUAUUGAGUGGGAGAAGAGGUAGGAAAAAAAGAGAGCUACCGAAUAGUACCUUGACAACUCCCGAGACUGGAUUGAGAAGGAGCAGCCGCAGAGCAAAAAGAACUGCUUUGUCUGAUCUAGACCAAGUAUUUAAUGAAGCAGAGCUUGUUGGCAUCAAUCAGCAGUUGUCCUCUCCAGCCUUAAGUAAUGUGUCUCAAGAAAGGGUUACGGUGGCAGCUCGUGGAAAAUUUUCCAACGAUGUAGCUCUUCCAGAAAAAGUGAAGCUGCCACCACCUUCUUGCGACAUGGACUUAGUUGGAGUUUCACUGUUUGAUUUGGUUUCUGUUUAUACGUUUCUGAGGUCAUUUAGUACUUUAUUGUUUCUAAGCCCCUUCAAGCUGAACGAUUUUGUAGCCUCUGUUAAAUGUAGUGAUUCAUCAUCAUUGUUCGACUUUAUUCAUGUUUCUCUUCUAAAAACAUUACAAAAACAUUUGGAGACCCUGGCAACUGAAGGCUUUGAUUCUGCAUCGGAGUGUUUGAGGUCGCUUAACUGGGAUUUUCUUGACUUGAUUACAUGGCCAAUGUAUGUGGUUGAGUACCUGUUAUUGCACAGUCCUGGCCAUAUUCCUGGUUUAGAUCUUUGUCAACUAAAGUUUUUUCAGAAUGACUAUUACAAACUGCCGAUUUCAGCAAAGGUUAAGAUCCUGCAGCAUCUUUGUGAUGACGUAAUUGAAACAGAAGCCUUUAAGUUGGAGCUGAACAGAAGGAUUCUGACAACAGAUAGGCAAACAGAUUUGGACCGAAAGAUGAAACUUGAGAGCAGCAGAAAAAGAAAGACCACAGUCGAUGUCGCGAGCACUUCCUGCAUUACAGGAGAAGGGGAUGGCGCUGAGGAUCCUGCAGAUUGGAACAGUGAUGAAUGCUGUCUGUGUAAGAUGGAUGGGGACUUGAUAUGCUGUGAUGGCUGCCCUGCAGCAUUCCAUUCAAGAUGUGUAGGGGUAGUCAGCAGCAUGUUGCCUGAGGGUGAUUGGUAUUGCCCUGAAUGUGUGAUUGAAAGGGAUAAGCCUUGGAUGAAAGUGAGUAAAUCAACUCGAGGGGCAGAACUGCUGGGGUUUGAUCCCUAUGGCCGACUGUACUAUAGCAGCUGUGGUUACCUGUUUGUGUUAGAGUCAUGCAAUGAUGAAUACGUGUUUUGUGCCUACAAUAGAAAUGACUUAAUUACAUUGAUUGAAGCUCUAGAGUCGUCACCAUUCAUCUACGACAAAUUGAUUAAUGCUAUCUGCAAAAAUUGGAAUGUAAGUCGUGGAAGUUGUGGUGCCAAAAAUGAAUUGGACACUCGGUCUCGCUCUAUUCAGUCAGUCUUUCCUGAAAAAGGCCAAAUGCUUGAUAGGCUUAUAGUACCUUCAGAAUCCAUUAUCAGGAAUGGCAGUUCUAAAAAAAGAUCAGAUGAAAAGUCUAUGGUGACUACUUAUUCCAGUAAUGAAGAAAAUCUGAAUUCUGAGCGUGUUACAGCAAUGCUGGAGAUUGGCAACCAUGGACUGAAGAUGGAAAAUCAUUUAGCAAGUUCCGAAGGAUCAGCUGAAGUCUCUCAGACUUCAAUGAAGAUUGAUAACCCAAAGGAAAGUGUGCUGGAGAGUACAAAAACUUGCUUUGAUCCUUCAGAUUGCUGUGAUAUUCCAGAGAAACUUAUCAAUGCUGGUGAUCAUGAUAUGGCAUCUACUUCUUUAAACUUUGAAGAAGGGAAGAGUCUUCGUUCCAAAAGUUAUAGCCUUAAACCCUAUUUAAUGAACUCUAACGUAGAAGUGGGUUAUGGGACAAAUUAUGUGAAUUGCUAUGAGUUUGCUCGUACAGCUUCAGAUUAUUACGAAGAGUAUUCUCGUAAAUCAUCAGAUAAGACCUCUGGUGAUGCCCCAAGAUCUAUUGAAGAAGUCUUAGCAGGACAACUGAAGAUUGUAUCAAAUAGAUUUAUUGAAUUUUCUUGGUCAAAUAUCCAAAAUUCAAACAUGACCUCAAGGAAAGAAAGGUGUGGAUGGUGCGUCUAUUGCAGGGUUCCUGGAGAAGAAAGGCACUGCUUAUUUUCUAUGAAUGAUAGUAUUCCAGCAGUAGAGAAAUUUUCCCAUGAAGUUUUAGGAAUCCCCUCACAAAUGAAUGUGAAGAACCAUCUGAUUAAUAUAAUGUGCCACAUUAUAUGCAUGGAAGAUCAUCUGCAGGGUCUUCUGUUGGGCCCAUGGUUAAAUCCAGACUUUUCCAUUCUUUGGCAUGCCAGUGUUCGUGGAGCAACUGAUAUUGGUUUGUUGAAAAAUUUUCUGCUCCAGCUAGCGUCAAAUUUACAUCAUCUAGCACUAUCUGCUGACUGGAGAAAGCAUGUCGAUUCUGUUGCUACGGUUGGCUCUGCCACUCAUAUUGUCAGCACAUCUGCACGAGCAUCGGCAAAACAUGGAAUUAGCAGGAAAAGAGCCAAGUCUUCUGAUGUGGGCGGACCAUCUUCGAAUGCUGCAACUGGUCUGAGCUUAUUCUGGUGGAGGGGUGGAAGGGGCUCACGCACACUAUUCAGUUGGAAGGUUUUGCCUCACUCUUUGGCUUCCAAAGCUGCCCGACAAGGUGGACGUAAGAAGAUACCUGGUAUACUGUAUCCUGAGAGUGGAGAUUAUGCCAAGAGAACUAAAUAUGAUUCCUGGAGAGCUUCUGUUGAGACCUCUAGAAGUGUGGAACAGCUUGCUCUGCAGGUUAGGGAGCUGGAUGCUAAUAUUCGAUGGGAUGACAUUGGAAAUAAUAAGCUUUUUUCCAAGAUAGAAAUGGACUCUAAAAAACCUGCCAGAUCAUUUAAGAAGGUUAUAAUUCGUAGGAAGUGUUCUGAGGGAGCUGUGGUCAGGUACCUUCUGGACUUCGGCAAAAGAAGGUUCAUUCCUGAUGUUGUUGUCAAACAUGGGUCCAAGCUUGAAGAUUCCUCGAAUGAGAAGAAAAGAUAUUGGCUUGAAGAGUCCCAUGUUCCAUUGCACCUCUUGAAAGCUUUUGAAGAGAAAAGAAUCGCUCGCAAGUCCAAUACUAUGAAGUCUGGAAAACUUAGUGAGAGUAGUAGAGAAAUGAAGAAGCCCUUAAAGGAAAAAGGAUUUUCAUAUCUUUUCUCAAGAGCUGAAAGAGUGGAUUAUUAUCAGUGUGCUCAUUGUGAAAAAGAUGUCCUAAUCAGGGAAGCAGUGAGCUGCCAGCAUUGCAAAGGCUUUUUCCAUAAACGACACGUUCGGAAAUCUGCUGGAUAUAUCACUACUCAAUGUAAAUAUACUUGCCAUAAAUGCCAGGAUCUAAAGGUUGUGAAAGUUGAUACAAGGAAGGGGAAACCUGAAUCCACAAAACUUAAGAAUGCCUCAAAAAGUGUAAAACUGUUACGCUCAGGGAGAGGGAGAAAAAGGCGGAAGGGAAAGCUACUAGUGAAUUCUAUUAACAAAAAAGGCGUUUCUGUCGCUCCCUUACGUCGUUCAGCUAGGAAUGCUGAACGUAUUGCAAAAAUUCCAAUGCAGAACAGUAAGUUGAAAAAAAGAAAAAGGGGAAGAAAGCCGAAAUCAGAGAAGUAUAAGUCUACGAAGCCCAAGGCUAUUAGUUGCAAGAAGCAGAGAACGGCUGUUACGAGCAGUUAUUGGUUGAAUGGUCUACGACUUUCAAGAAAGCCAGGUGACGAAAGACAUCUCAGGAAUAGGAAGCUUCUUGUCCUUUCAGGUGAGGUGGAUUGCAUCCUCAAUAAGACUAAAUGCAGCCUCUGCCAUGAAGUGGAACAUAAUUCUGAACUGAAUUAUGUGGGUUGUGAAAUUUGUGGAGAUUGGUUUCAUGGAGAUGCUCUGGAUCUUGGAGCUGAAAAAAUUGAAAACCUUAUUGGUUUUAGGUGCCACAUGUGUCUCAAUAAGCCACCUCCUUUUGGCUCUUGUCAUAGUCUAGGUGAAAACAGAAAGCCCGAUUUUUUUUCAGAAAAUAAUGCCAAAACUGAAUGCAAUGAGGGAGGUCCUUAUUGUUUGUCCAACCCAGAGGAUGGAUUGUCCUAUCAAAAGUCACAUUUAGAUGAUAAAUCCAUCGAUACACUUGCAACUGUUAAUAUGGAGCAGCAGUUGCAAGGAUCUGUGCCUGAGUCAGACCUGAAUGAUAAAGACUUAGAGAUGGCUGAGAAGACCUUUUUAGGGAAGGAUCCUACUGAACUUGGUGGAGACAGAGAUGUGUUGAAUACUCUUGAAACUGAAUCUGUUUUCCCAAACUCUGACAUUGUCAAGGAAGCUGAAUGUGAAUCCGUACAGCCUGACCUUGUGGAGAAUGGUAUUGCCAACAAUGAUCAUUCUGAUAUCUGUACCAGAUAGAGCUCAUUCUGACACAGCUAGAGUUGUAUUCAGAAACCAAUUUUUGAUGUCGGUCACUUGGGUAAUAUGCUGUUUGCGGGGAGAGCAAAACUUAGAUUAGAUGUGUUCAUAGUUUACCCUUCACAAGGCAUUGAUUGCUCUAGUAUUAAAGAUGUUAAAAUCUUUUAUGGAACUUGAGAUAUUAGCUGAAAUUCAAAAAAUUAUCGAGAUGAUUUUCUUGAAAUUGGAGCAAAUAUAAUCACAUCAGCUAAUUUUCUCUUCUAUAUUGAUAUGUUUCCAUCCCAUAGUUUUCCAUCACAUUGGAAUUCAAUCUAGUGUGAAAGGUAGUGUCUCUCUUUAUGUGUGUGUAUAUAAAUGUGUAUGCCAGAAAAAAACAUUUGACAUUUUAGAGCUCUUGCGAUUAACUUGAACUUUGCCAUAAUGUGAUGGUGUUUUAAUGUUUUUUCCAUUUUUACUGGUCAAGAAUGACCUGUGAAAAUUAUCAGGCCAGUAUACAAAUAAACUGCUGGCUUGACGAUUAAGCUUUAUCUCCGAGUUGAGUGGUGUUAGUUUGAUGACACCGCAGCUACAAAGCAGUACCGUCCAACAUGUAACUGAAGCAAGUUGAAGACAUUGAUGAAAAUUCGAAUGUACAGAUUAAUGCUGGAGCAUAUAUGCAGUUGAUUAAUGCUGAACAGUCAUCUUGCCCUUUAUAGAGGUUUGCUGUUCUUUCCUAUUUAAUCUGAUUUCCUUUAUUACCUAUCAUGGCAUUGAUGAUGCUUUAAAAGGUUUUUGCCUCCGCAAGAUUGACAAAUAAAUCUGGGAACAAAUCAUAAAUUAGCGAAAAUGUCUUAAGUGUCUUAGCGGAUAAGAUCAGAGAUUAUGGAUAUUCUGAGAAUUUUAUUUAAUGUCACAAAAGUAAGUGGAGAACGAUUGUGAUGGAAAUCGUCUAAUUAGUAGUUUGAUGCAUAAAUGGGUAAUCUUCUCCAUGUGAAACUGUCUAUUUUAGAUAAUAGAGAGACAUUUAAGCUAAACUUAAGGCCCCCUGAUAUUUCUGUUGUAACAUACAUAUACUAUCUUUUUUGUCUAAAUGACAACAAAGUUAGUGAAGUGCAGUGAUCAUUGGUCUGCUUUUAAAAUCUUGAUAUACUCCUUUUAAAUAAGGGGUUUGAAUCCUCUUUACUUCUUUCCAUGAUCCAUCCUUAAGCUAUGAAAAUUCCUUUUCUUUAGAGUUCUUAUUGUGUCCUUUUUACUUGUGAAAAUUAUUGACAAUUUAUUUUCUGCCACUGCCCAAUAAUUAUGCCCUUCUAACUUUAAAAUGCAAAUCUUAUAAAUAUCUUGAAACUGUAAUUGUAAUCAAUUGCUUCAUGUUCUAAAUUAAAAGGAAAAUUAAAGUCUAUAAAUUACAGGGACUUACUCUUAAAAUAAUCCUUCCCUUUAUCACUUCAUGGACAAUUUUUCUUUUUGAAAUAAACAUCUCUUUAUGAAAAAUUUCUUUUAAAGUUUCAACCUCUGCUGCCAUCGAUCAGAUUAUACUGUUCUAUUUUGAAUUUUAAUGUCUUAUAAUUAUUACAGUAAUAUAUAUUUUUAGUAAACUAAUAAAUAAUUUUCCAUUAAAAAAGAAAGAUGAAAAUGAAUUUUUUUACAUUUAUGGUAUGCAUACUCGUUUUUUACAUGUAUGUUUGUUUAAGGUUUUGCGUCAGGCCCACAGUUCUCUUGAUCCUGGUUAUCUUCAUUGAGCGCUUGCCGCCAUACAUUUACUGGUACAUCUUUUGUUGGCGCUACGCGUGUAACAGAGUGAGUGUGCUACACUCAGAUGUACAUGAGUCUUAGCUUGAUGUCAACGCACUGUGUAACCCCCCUCCCUGCUCUUCUCUGUGAUGGCGACUUCAAUUAUGCUUUGGAUCAGGCAAGUUAAACUCUUAAAUGAGAUGCUGUGGUGGAUAAGUUUGUUAUGUUUUUUUAUUCUGUCCCCUUUACCCUUUUUGAACUACUCCCUCCGUUUCAUAGUAGUGGAGUCAUUUUUCCAUUUUGGUACCUUCCAUAGUAGUGGAGUCAUUUUCCUUUUUAGUAAAAGUCAACACAUUUCUUCUCACUUACUUUACUCUCUCGUACUUUAUUCUCUCUUUAUCUUUCUACCUUUUUCAUUUCCUACUUUAUUCUUCCUUUACAUAACCCACUUAACUCAAUUUUCCUUAAUCUUCGUAUCGAAAAGAAAUGCCUUCACUACUAUGGAACGGAGGGAGUACUGAUUUAUAUAAAAGGGAGGUACUUCAUUGUGCUGUAAGAUAUAUAUGUACCCACAGCAGAUUCGAAUUUUAUGCAUUUGUUGUUUUAUGCUAGGCAAUGGAAUUUUUACAAACACUCAGUGGUUUAUGACUCCUUGUGAAAUGCAUCAAAAUGAGAUGAAUAGGCAUUACAUUCGCUCAACUUUCUGCAGAGUUUAUAAUGUCUACUAGUGAAAUUGUUCGUACUUUGCAGUAAAAUGCAAGGUAGCUACUCUUGCAGGACAGAUCCGAUUUUGCACCCUCUUAGCUUUGUUGCUACAGCAGAAGCAUCGCGCUAGCAAGAAGUUAUGGGACCACCACCCUCACUCUACUCUAUGCUUUAAGCGCAUCAUUAUAAAUGGAUUUUCAGAUUAAAGAGAGACAAUUAUGUCAUGAUUCCUUCCAUAUUGCAAUUUAGAUAAUGAUUUAAAUGAUUGCAAGCAUGUCCAUGCUGAACAAGUUGAUCAGGUUGAGAUUGAGCGUGUUACCCUACACAGAUUCAUUGAUUUUGCAUAGCAAUCAGACCUGCCAUUUUUUAAUUGAAAAACGUGAGAAGUUGUGUGAUACCAAUGGGUUGAUUAGUACAUUUUUUAAUUGAGGAGGAUUAGUUGUAGAGAAAAGGCGUAAAGCCCCCUAUCAUAUAUCCUGAUGCGUCCAUUUCUCAUAAAGUUUGUUGGUUUUGUUUGGCUAGGUUGAAAAGGAUGGGAACACCCUCUUUUCUCAUGGUUUCCUCUGUUUGGUUGGAUUGUUAUGUUUUCUGCUCAACCCGGGCUCAACUCUGCAAUCCCACUGUGAGGUAAAAUACUUCCCAAUCUUCAGUGCUCUAUUCGGUCAUAGUCGUCGUUCUCAAAAAUCAUCCAGAUGCAGUACCGGCGACACAAGGUGUGUCCACUACAUCUGAUUCAUUGUAGCAGAUCUAUGGAUUUGGAGGGCUUAACAACCCGCGUCGAUGGGUUCUCUCUAAAAUUGCGAGAGCUAUUUGGCACCACCACCACCACUACCACUGAUGCUCAUAUUCAUUCUGCUUUCUACAACUUAUGGAUAAUGUGUUCAUUUUGACUCGAAAUUGAAUCUAGAUGCAAAAUAAGUAUAGGAAAUAAAAAAGUUUUUGCACUCCCUGUCCAAUAAAUCAUUGUAAUUAAUAACAAACGGAUGAGUGUUUCCAAAUUCAUGGUAGCUUUUCUCUGUU